AUGGAAGUAGGUCUACGCUUUGGACAGGUGCCGCUCGCCGUGAAGCACAGGAACGGCGGGGUGAACCAGCUCGGCGGAGUCUUCGUUAACGGGCGCCCGUUACCGCACGUGGUGAGACAGCGGAUUGUGGAGCUCGCGCAACUCGGCGUGCGUCCCUGUGAGAUCUCCCGCCGCCUGCGCGUCAGUCACGGCUGUGUCAGCAAAAUACUGGCCAGGUACAAUGAGACAGGGAGCAUCAGACCAGGAGUGAUUGGAGGCUCUAAACCCAAAGUGGCCACUCCAAAAGUUGUGCAAAGGGUCUUGCAUCUGAAACACACCAACCCCACCAUGUUCGCCUGGGAGAUCAGAGACAGGUUGAUGCUUGAGCGGGUGUGUGACCAUGACAGCGUGCCCAGCAUCAGCUCCAUCAACAGGAUCAUUAGAAGCAAAGUCCAGUCUGAGUCGUGUGAAGUUGGCAGGGACGUCUCCUGCAGUGUGUACCACGAUCAGCCAUGUUCCUGUAAUGACGCCUGGGGACGGUCUGACCCCCGCCUGACCUCUAUCUCUAGUCUGACCUUUUACCCCAUCCAGGCAGCUAAUCAUAAUCCAGACCUGAUAGGAUGA